UGACAGAAGAUGACUGCCUGUCCAAGUUGUUGUGUAGCCAUUGCGUGACAUUGCUUCGGAAAUGUAACACAUUUAGCCAGAACUGCAAGGAAGCCGCUAAAGCAUUGAAGGAGGCUACUUUUACUAAUUAUUUGCCGGAAGCGAGUAAAGUACAAAACUUGAAAUUUUAUAGAACAAAUAUAAAUCACAUUAAUAUUGUUGGAGAAAAUUGUGUAAAAAUGGAGAUAAAUCAAGACAAUGACGGAGAUACAAUGGUUGAUGAUACAGGUGCAUUAGAACACAUGGACAUUGCGGACGAAAUUGAAAUCAAAGACGUGAUCAAAAUAAGAAAGAAAAAACCAAACGUUCUAGACGAUGAGAACAAGUUGAAAGAAUUUGAAGACUCAUGCAACGUCGACGUACACAAACUAAGUUCUGAGGAGAAGUUACAGGAUGUUCUUGAUAGGAAAUCGACUCCGAAUUAUCAGAACAGUCCACAUAGAUGUGAAUUGUGUUUCAAAGGCUUCUUAGCGGCUAAUCUGUUAACGAAUCACUUUUUAAUGCAUCAUGAUCCGAGUAUACCACAGAUACACAACAAGCGUCAAACGACAUAG